AUGUUCUCAAUCGUGGCUGCUCUGCAGUCUUCCAUGCCCGCCUUCUCAUCCGUGAGACUGGCUCUCUCGAGCGAGCCCAGUAUUGCAAGUCUGAACUUCAGUACAUUUGAGCUGUCGUCCUCUGUUCCCGUAGCUACUAUCGAUUAUGGAAUCGAAGGAGCAGGCUACCCAUUCCUUGACGUCGAGAGUGUCACCGGCAAAGUACAAGUCGAAAUUAAAUAUUCUGAACAACUCGCUGGCUUGUAUGAGAAUUUCUCUGAUGGGCCACUGGUGUAUGCAUCGGGUUUAACCAACACAUACCGUGUGGAGACGCUGGAAAUAAGUCUUCCCGGCCGAAUCGAGGCGCUCCAACUGCAAGGCGGGCAAAGAUGGCAAUCUAUACGUCUCCUUACCGAUGAGAGUAUCACCUUUCGGGACGUGGGUUUUAUACCAUCGGUACUCGACAUUGAUAGAAGCAAAGCGCCUGGAUCCUUUAGGUCAAGUAAUGAGCACCUGGACGAGAUUUGGCGGCUUGGCGCCAGAGCUGCCGCACUUUCUUGUCUUGAGGAAGGUAGUCAAAAAGAUCUAUGGGAAAUUAGCCAUGAAGGUGUAUUUGUGCGAGGGAUGAAGCCGGCACUGACUUCACAAGGCGCCUUCCUAGAAAACUACACUCUCCGAUUCAAGGCAAAUAUACAAAAGGGCGGCUUUGCGUGGUCGAUCGCACAGCCCUUAGCAUCUCCUGCUAAAGGCAUACAACUCUAUUUAACUGGCAGCACGCGAAAUGACUCCGCUUUUGUCAGCGUCAAUAGUACCCUUCUUCCACCGAACUCGAUCGUGCUUGGAUAUGGAUUCUCCAUUGUAAACAUCACCACGCUAGCCUCCUACUAUCUCGACUCCUUCAACUUACCUUUUGAAGUAGAAGAGGACACAUGGAAUGAUGUCAAGACUAUUCUGACAAAGACUGGUUACUUGGCCGUGUCAGUCAAUGGCCAGCAAGUCUUCAAUAAAUCUUUGGAUGAUUAUUACGUUGGUGGUCAAACGAUUCCUACAAGGGGCUCCUUUGGCUUUGGCGGUUGGCAAGAUCAAGCAUCCUUGUUCAAAGAUGUUGAAGUGCACGAUACCACGAACGGAUCGCUCCUCUACGAAAAUGAUCUGACGGACGACUCCGUAUUGAGCGAAUACGGCGUGCAAAGCAACACUGCUUCUGUCUGCCUAGAUGGCCCGAAACGCGAUCGUCUGGUUUGGCUUGGAGACUUUUACCAUACGGUACGCGUUCUUGGGGCAAGCACUGGACAGUUUCGUGCUGCGAAGGGGACUCUUCAAUGGUUUCUUGACUGGCAGAUCAAAGAGGGUCUAAUCCCUUAUGCGUCACCCAUCGGAUACUCCCCACAGACUGCCCGGGACGCAUAUGCCUACGGCGGCGGAGGUCAAUUGAAAGGCUACCCAGUGUGGGCAAUAAUUUUACCAGAUUACCAAAUUCUGGGCCUCCUUAGCUUCUGCGAAUAUGUCCGAAUCAGUGGCGACGUCGACUUCGCCAAUGCUACAUGGCCUCAGUGGCAGCUUCUGGCAAGCUGGAUACUCAAUCAGACUAGCACAGCUACUGGGCUGCCGACGUUGGUUGGCGGCUUUCUAGGACCUGGGAACGGGAGCUCUGCUAUCUCUUGCGCUACCGUACAAGCAUUCAAGAGUCUUGCAAACGUCGCGGACGCAGUGCUCGACAAUCAGUCAGCAAAGACGUAUCAGACUGCAGCCGAGACUAUGGCUCGUAACAUCAAUGACCGCCUUUGGAAUGCAGCCCUCGGUGUCUAUGCCGUUUCGGAAUCCAACACGGUCGACUACUCGAUUGCAGGGACGGCCUUCUGCAUCCUGGGGGGUGUAGCGAAUGCAACUCAAGCAUCAAGUUCCAUUGCAGCUCUUGACAGACUCAAGGUCGACUUCGGCUAUCUAGAUAGUACACUUGUCAAUGCGAGCAACCCUGAUACGACGAUAUCCCCUAAUACCAACGGGUUUCUCUUGGAAGCUUUCGCUUCCCAGAACGCCAGUGGUUCUACUCAGUCUUUACUGGACAGCCUAUGGAUGCGUAUGAUUACGAACAACAAAACUUACACCGGUGCAAGCUGGGAAUACAUCUCAAUGUCUGGAGAUCCAGGUUUGGGUUUGUUCACCAGCUUGGGACACCCUUGGGGCGGCGCCCCUACCUAUGUCCUCCCCGAAUAUGUCACUGGUGUUCGUACAGCCGUGGGUGCCGACGGGUUCGGCUACAAAAGAUGGACAUUCAGCCCACAACUUGGUCUCGAUAUGGGGUUGGAAGAAGCAAGCAGUGAGACCAUGACGGUCAGUGGCGAGCCAAUCAGAGUCAGCUGGAAACUCAGCGGAAGAACAUUGAGCGUCGUGGUGGAUGCACCUAAUGGUACUACAGGGACUUUCCAGAUUAAUGGGACAACCCGAUCACUAGUUGGGUCUUUUACACACAAAUUCGAUGUAGAGCUGUGA